AUGAAAUCUCUCGCUAUAUCCGUCAUCGCUGUACUGACUACUGUCGACGAUGUCGCGGCUCACCAACUCACCGUAUCUGGCGGCGGCUCAGCCAGUCCCGCGACUGUCAAUUUCCCCGGCGCCUACUCAGCUAGCUAUCCAGUUACCCUCAUCAACAUCCACGCCGUGCUAUCCACCUACGUCGUGUCUAGUCCCGCUGUCUACAGCGGCGGGAGCAAGACGGUCGCGGGUAGCGGAUGCAAUAGUGUUGUAGCGACUAGGAUCCCGAACACGACGCUGAAGACGUCGGCGUCGCCUGUGAGCACGAGUGUGUCAGGAGGCGGUGGGAAUAGCGCGGGAUGUACGGCUGUGAAGUAUGAUCAAUGUGGUGGGGAGACGUUCAGCGGCUGUGCUACAUGUGCUGGUGUGUGGGACCCCGACAGUGGAGGAUUGAGCGCAAAGUUGAACGGAACGGCAUCGAUAUAG